AUGUACUAUGAUUGGAUUACCUCAUUGCCAACUGCCCCUGGUCUUGUCCUGGUCUUGUCCUGGCCUCGCCGGCCGCCCGAUCCCCGCCUGGCCAACCGUCGCGUCAUCCGCAUCGUCGGAGGCCUGGCCUUCUCCUUCGUCAUCAUCGUGCUCUUCACCCUCGCCGGCAGCAUCCCCACCGGCCCCAGCCUGUCCGAGUACGCCUCCAACAAGUUCCCCCCCCUUCCGGCCCCCGUCCACCCGCCCCCGAGGCAGAAGAACGACACGUACGAGGAGGCUUCGUGGUGGGCCGACUGGAAGUGGCUCGUCCCCUUCUCCUCCUCCCUCACCCUCGACGAGGACCGCUCCCUCCUGCCCCCGCUGUCCGACCUGGCUACCAAGGAUGCCGAGAGCGAGCUUCUGCUCAUGUGGCGCAUGGCUUGGUGGGCCAAGGGCUUCCGCCCCGUCAUCCUCACUGCCGCCGAGGCCACCAACAACCCCCACUACGAGACCCUGCAGCACGUCCAGGUCGAGGACGCCUUUAAGCCCGAGCUGAUGCGCUGGCUCGCCUUUGAGAACAUGGGCGGCGGCCUCCUAUCUGACCCCGCCCUGCUUCCUAUGGGCGCCUACGACGAUAGCCUCAUCUCCUUCUUGCGCCGCCGGGCUGGCGAGUACCCGGCUCUCACCACCUGGGCCGGCCUCGACGGUGGCCUCUACGCCGCCACCAAACAGCAGGCCGCCGACUUCCUCCAAGAGGUCAUGGAAGCUGACUUGUCCAAGCCCACCCACCCCGACAACCUUACCGAUCUCGUGCGCCCCGAGUCCAUCAAGUCGUACCCCAAGGUUGCCGACGCCGUCAAGAAGGACGGCGCCAAGGGCUUGCUCGCCCUCCGCGACCUCAUGAACGCCCACUCCCACAUCAUGUGGCAGAAUCUCUUCUCCGACGGCAUCGCCAUCCUCAAGCCUCUGCCCCGUCACACUACCCUCGCCACCGAGGACGCCUGGCAGCUCGGCCACAUGCUCGCCAACUGCCCCGAAUCUCCCCUCCCCGACUCGUGCCCCCUAACCUGCCCAAGUGCGUGCCCUGCGAGGGCCGACUCGAAGGUCAAGGUCACCACUCCGGAGCGCUACGUCAACUCCUCCACUGUCUUUACAGUCGCCACCGUGCUCCACCCCUACACCCUCGUCACCCUCGACAACGUCAAGGAGACCCUCACCGUCGACUGGGUGCGCCGCCAGAUGGCCCGCGACCCCUGGCUCUACGAAACCACGCUAGAACUCCUCGGCACCAAGGUCGGUUCCGGUGUCCGCGCUAUGCGCAUCAAGGAGGCCAUUGCCGGCACCGAAAACACUGGCCCCCCUCCCCAACCCCGGCGGCAAGCCGUCCGACGCCGAUUCCCCGAGGAAGCCGACCCCGAGGCCGAGCAGGGCUCCUCUGCCGAGGCUGAGCUCGAGCGCUCCCUCCUCCUCAAGGCCCUCGGCGUCGUUGCCAGCCCCGGCAAGGACGAGAGCCGCCUGCGCGACGCCGUCGAGGCCUGGAACCUUGGCGAUACCGAAGCUUGGAAGUUUGCUCGCGCCUUCCUCGCCCGCCAGACCGUCGAGCGCGUCACCUGGGAGGCCGAGGAGUCCCAGUACGGCGAGGGCGCCGGCUCCGAGGGCGGUCGCCACACAUUUGACCGGUGGGUUGAUAAGCUCGAGGAGAAGCUGGAUCGUAUCCGGCAUUAG